AUGGCCGUAGCUCUGCCCGAUAUGAAGUGUGUUUGCUUUUUAUAUUUGGUUACGCUGCUUCUUUCGCAAGGGAUAGAUUGCGAUAAAGGCGAUGCCGGGGGCGGGGGCAUCCUGUCCCGCCGGAAGCGAUAUCUAGCAUUUCCGGAAGGAUCGACUUUCGUAGUAAUUUGGUGCGAAACAAUAGCCACCAUAAUGCCGUUUGAUAUAUAUUUCGAAGGAGUAAAUUGGGGUGUGGCUUAUCCUUUGCCGAAUGUUUCUACUGUACAAACAUAUGUACGAGAAAAACACGCUAAAAGAAGGAGACAUAGGCGGGACUUGUAUAGUCGCCUUGAAACUAUUCUGGAAUCCAACGGAUUCAGGGGACGGUCGUGCAUCUACAGGGCGUUGUGCGAAGCUCCACGCAGGUUUAAAAUGAAAUCGAACUCGCUCUCUGAAGAAUUUAUACGUCUUUUAUUUAAAUUCCCGCUGCAGUCCGUCAUCGAGGACGAGCCUGAGGUGCACAGUUUGUACCAGUGGGCGUACCGCAGGGGCAGGCAAAACAACCAGCAGGAGUGCCAAGAGAUGUUCCCCGAGUGUCCCAUAUCCCUGAUUGAUCUCGCCCUAGGAUAUUAUAGCGGCACCGACAAGACCUGAUUGCAGACAUGUGCUACUUACGAAAUAGUUUAAAGUUUGUACGUGAA